AUGGUGGAAAUGAAAACUGAAGUUGGCAAAGUAGAAAAACGCUAUCUUUUCUACGAUGGAGAAUCUGUUUCAGGAAAGGUAAACCUAGCCUUUCAGCAACCUGGAAAGAGGCUAGAGCACCAAGGAAUCAGAAUUGAAUUUGUAGGUCAAAUUGAACUUUUCAAUGACAAGAGUAAUACUCACGAAUUUGUAAACCUAAUGAAAGAACUAGCCUUACCUGGAGAACUGACUCAGAGCAGAAGUUAUGAUUUUGCAUUUAUGCAAGUUGAAAAGCCAUGCGAAUCUUAUAUCGGUGCCAAUGUCUGCCUAAGGUAUUUCCUUAAAGUGACAAUAGUAAGAAGACUGACAGACUUGGUAAAAGAAUAUGACCUUAUUGUUCACCAGCUUGCUAGCUAUCCUGAUGUCAACAAUUCUAUUAAGAUGGAAGUGGGCAUUGAAGAGUGUCUACACAUAGAAUUUGAAUAUAAUAAAUCAAAGUAUCACUUAAAGGAUGUGACUGUGGGAAAAAUUUACUUCUUAUUAGUAAGAAUAAAAAUCCAACAUAUGGAGUUACAACUGAUUAAAAAAGAGAUCACGGGAAUUGGACCCAGUGCCACAACAGAAAACAGAAACAAUCGCUAA